GCUGUGUUCUUGCCUUAGCAAAUAACCUAGUGAACAUGUCAGCUGCCCUUCCACUGCCAGUUUCCAAGAGAGCUCUCCUUAUCUUCCAGGCUCCUGCUAUGUCUAGGAUGACUGUGAAAGAUGCCUCCCUCACCUUAGGAGAACUGGCAGAGGCUGGAUCGCUGAUCUCCCUACUGACAGUGAUGCUGUUUCUUGGUGUCAUUCCUCCCUCUAGGGAUGUGUAAGUAAAGCUGCCAUCCUCAUGGGGAGAGAUGUUUGCUCUACCACUUCCUUGAAUGUUGGAAAGACACCAAGUCCAACCCAAGCAGUAAUGCACUCUUAACUAUCCCCCCAAUAAGUGGUUAUCCACUGUCUGCCUGAAGACCUUCUGUUCUACUUUUGGACAGUUGUCUACCUUCCUAUAACUUCCCAGGCACCUGGGGGCUCCCAGGGGAGGAGAUCAAACUUGCCAGUUUGUGGGGGCUAGGAGCUUGGCUGAGGGAGAGGAGAAUGGACUGUUCUUUGGCCCUUUUCAGGCUAUUAUUUGUCCCCUAGCUUAUUGCCUGGGCUAGAGGUAGAAUGGAAGAGAAGGAGAUAAAGAGUGUGGACAGUGGCUAAUUACUGGCCUUCUCCUUUUAAGUCCCUCUGAUGAAGGAAACCUCACUAGGUUUUGUACUCUUGUCCUGUGUGGAGGCUGGAGGCAUGUCUCCUCUUGCUAACUUUGGUGACUGAUUCCAUCUCCCUUUACUUCCUUUAUCUGUCAUUCAUCCAAACAACUGAUGAAUGGAGCCUCCUCUGACUAGGAAGACCCAGGCCACUUGAUUUCAUUUCCUUCCCCCCAGACUUGGUUUACUUACCCUGGACCUUGCCACUGGGAUCCAGAGGGUAGCCUCAGCUGGGACCUUCUGUACAUCUCAGUGUGGAAGUAAACAUGUUAAUAAGACAGCAUGGCCUCUGGAGGGGGCUCAGGCCUAAGUUUUUCUCUACUGGGACCAUGACACUGCACAAAACCUGUUGAUCAGAUUGCCAGGGAGGCCUAUUUAUAGCCUCAGCUGCUCCUGAACAAACAGCUUUGGUAAAGAGGGGCUCCUCAGAGCAGAGAUGGUAAUGUAGUGUGAGCCUGGUAUUGCCUGGGCACCCGCUAUCAUAAAUUGGGUCCAUUACAGCAUGGCAAGAGAGACUUUCCCCUUCACUUCUUCCACUUUGCGCUCACUUCGUCUGCAGCAAGAAUGGCUAGAAUGGGAAGAUCGGCGCCGGGCAGCUGCCUGGCAGCGCUACAACCGGAGGUGCCCCCCAAGCACCCGGACCCCACUUACCCGGACUCCCUGCUAUUGCCGGGAUCCAGCUGUCCAUAAUGCCCUGUUUGUGGGUGAUCUGCAACGGAUCCAGGCCCUGUUCCAGGAUGAAGCAACAGCCAACAUGAUUGUGGAGACUGUCAGUGACCAGCUGGCAUGGUCGGCUGAACUGGGCCUCUGGGUACUGACCCCAAGGACCAAGCAGACGACCCCAUUACAAAUUCUGGCAGCCCGAGGUUACACCAACUGUGUCCGCUACCUGAUCCUGCAUGGUGCUGAUCCGGAUGCCCGAAUCGGGGGGCAGACGGCCUUGCAUGAGGCCUGUGCCCAGGCCCAGCCAGACUGUGUGAGGUUGCUGCUUGACUUUGGAGCCAAUGCUAAUGCACUGUCAGAGGAAGGCAUGGCUCCCCUCCACCUCUGUACUACCCCUGAGUCUUUACGAUGUGCCAAAUUACUGCUGGAAAUGGGAGCAUCCGUGAACCUGGCCUCAAGGGAAAGUAAGGUCACACCCUUGCAUGUGGCUGCUGGUCGGGGCUUGGAAGAACACGUAGCCUUGUACCUGCAGUAUGGGGCUGAUGUGGCCCUGCGUACAGGCCAAGGCGAGACUGCCCUCAACUCAGCCUGUGCUGGGGCUGAAGGGCCAGGACGACAGCACGAAGGGGUAGUCCAGCGGCUCCUGGAGGCAGGGGCAGAUCCCCGGGCAGCAGGCCGAAAGCGCCACACCCCACUCCACAAUGCCUGUGUCAAUGGUUGUGAGCGUCUGGUGGAACUGCUGUUGCAUCAUGGGGCAAAGGCUGAUGCUCCCAAUGGGGCUGGACACACACCCAUGGACUGUGCUCUACAGGCAGCUGAGGAUGCCCCCGACAGGAAGCCUGAGGUCCUCAUCUCUGCCCUGCUGGAUUAUGGGGCUCAGCCGAUCCGCCCAGAGAUGUUGAAGCUGUGUGCUUCAUCUCCACAAGGCCUGGAAGUCAUGCUCAAUGCCUACCCUUGUGUCCCACCUAGUGAAAACUGGGCUGAGGCUGUGCCUCCAGAGCUGUGGCAGGAGCAUGAAGCCUUCUACAACUCAGCCUUCCAAAUGGCAAACCAGCCGCGGAGGCUGCAGCACCUGGCAAGACAUGCCCUCCGGAGCUGCCUCAGGAAUCGCUGUCGCCUUGUUGUAUCGCAGCUUCCACUGCCCCCUGCCCUGAAGGACUACAUGCUCCUUCGAAUUGAGGGGACCAUUCAGUGAGCUUGAGUUGGGGUAGGUGCUGGAUGCCCAGGGCCUGUUUGUGGCUGUACUACCCACCCUUCUCACUGAGAAGGAGUUCUUGGAGAGCAGUGGUUUUUAGCCUUUUAAGCCCAUGGGACCACUCAAAUAGAGCAAAGGACAUCAUGGAAAACCUCCCCCUACCCCCACUUUAAAAAAAAAAAAAAGGCUACAAUUAAUGGGAAG